AUGAAUGUUCCUACAUACAUCCACAAUAUUGAAGUAUACAAAUGUGAUUUAGAGAUCGACAUGGCUAUCAAAGCAAUCCAGACUCGACGCGGCCUUCUUUGUGGUGAGGGAGAGGGCUUCGGAACUGAUGGCAAGAUGGCAAUGAAGAUGACUGGUGUGAAACUCAGUCCCAUUGAGGGGGCUGAAGCAUUUGAGAACCCUGAUCCUCAUGCUGGUGCCAGAGCGUUCUGGAGACCGGAUAUGGACUUUGUCAACUUUGACUCUUUGAUCACCCCUCAUAAUGAGCAACAGCAAUACUUGCAGCUCUGCGAAGAACUGCACCGUGUCGUUGUCCAAGAGGCACUUGCCAAGCUUGAGGGUAUUUCGACAGACAUUCCCCAUUUCCAGCAGUUCUUGGAAUGGAUGAAGAAGCAGCCACAGCCGAAACCUGAUAGUUCUAGGGAAGGCCUUGAAGGAAUUCUCUCAGCAACAACCAUGGAUCCUCUCGUUGUGGCCUUUAGAGCAAUCCUUGAAAAUAUUGUCCCUAUGUUCAAGGCUCCACGACACCACGGUGCCACUCUUGUUUAUGAUUACGGGACAAUGGAGCUUGCCAAAAACUUCUCGAAACAGCUUCAGUCUGAAGGCUAUGACAUCGAUCUACAUCUUUGGGCUACAGGACCACUGCCCAAGGGCAAAGACGUGAUUGCUGUGGUAGACCUUUACAAACCGUUCUUUGAGAACAUCAGCAAGAGCUCUUUUGUCGCCCUUCAAGAGUUUCUAUCAGAGAUUGCUGCGCUGGAAGUUGGUCUGCUCUGGCUAACACGGUCUUCCCAAUUCAAUUCUCAGGACCCUCGCUGGGGACAAGUCAUCGGUGCCAUGAGAACAAUUCGCGGUGAGAUGAAUGCUGAGAUGGCUACUUGUGAGCUUGAUCAGGUCAAUGCGGAGAAUUUGUCUGCCGCGGUCAAGGUGUUCAAGAAGUUCAAUCACCGUCGCUCAGAAGAGCUUCUGCUCCCCGAAUUUGAAUACGCCAUCAUCGAGGGCGUGAUACAGAUUCCUAGACUGUUCCCUGUGUCAGUAAACGAGGAACUGCGUGAGUCAGAUUCAGACAAUCGGCCGGAGGUAGGCCACGACCUGAGAAUCGGCAAGUUUGGACGGCUCAACACUCUGGCGUGGACCGCGAUCCCCGUGAGAGAGUUGAUCGAUGAUGAGAUUUUGGUUGAAACGAGGGCUUUCGGGAUGAAUUUCAAGGACGUGCUGAUUGCCAUGGGCAUUGUCGACGCUCGAGUUAAGACCACCCUUGGGAUCGAAGCAUGUGGCAUUGUCAGAAAAGUCGGUCCGAAUGCCCAUGAUCUGAAGCCAGGCGACAGAGUUUUCGCAUUCGGAGAAGGCUGUUUCUCGACUCACUUGAUCCUACCUCAGAAAGUCUUUGCCAAGAUCCCUGAUUCCCUCGGUUUUGAAGAUGCCGCUACCAUGCCUUGCGUCUUCGCCACUGUCAUCCACGGACUUCUUGACCAGGGCGGUCUUCAAGCCGGGCAGACGGUUCUCAUCCACUCUGCUUGCGGUGGUGUCGGGCUUGCGGCAAUCCAAAUAGCCAAGAUGAUCGGUGCUGAGAUCUAUUGCACUGUAGGAAAUGACGAGAAGGUCCAGUAUCUCAUGUCUACAUUUGACAUGCCGAGAGACCGCAUUUUCAAUUCGCGUGACAAGUCUUUCCUUGCCGAUGUCAUGGCAGCAACAAACGGCCGCGGAGUUGAUAUUGUUCUCAACUCUCUAUCUGGUGAACUGCUGCACACGUCUUGGGAUUGCGUGGCAGAGUUUGGAAAGCUGAUCGAAAUAGGUAAACGUGACCUCGUCGGUAAUGGAAAGUUGGCGCUGAACGUGUUCGAGCUCAACAGAAGCUACCACGGCAUCGACCUUGGGCACAUCAUGGAGCUUAGAAUGGAUAUUGGUAACAAUUUACUCAAGAGAGUUGCCAAAUACUUUGAAGAUGGCCACAUUAAACCUAUCCGUCCCGUCAAGACUUACACAGCAAACGAAAUUGAGGACUGCUUCCGUUAUAUGCAAAAGGGUCAGCACAUUGGCAAGAUCAUCAUCACGCUGGACCUUCCAGAAGGGAAAUCGUUGGCAACAAGUCAAUCAGCUCGUAAGAUUGAGCUGCAGCCUUACCACUCUUUCUUGCUGGUCGGCGGUCUUGGCGGUUUGGGCCGUGCUGUCUCCAACUGGCUCAUCGAGCAUGGAGCUCGCCAUUUAGUCUUCCUCUCACGCAGUGGAGGCGAAACAGCCGAAGACCAAGCCUUCCUGGAGGAGCUGCGCAGCCAAGGCUGCACUGCUUCCGCGAUCAAAGGCAGUGUUAGCCGGAUUGCCGACGUGGAGCGUGCCGUGGCGACGGCCGGCAGCUUCCUCAAGGGAAUACUCAAUGUCUCUAUGGUCCUGCGUGAUCAGAGUUUCGCAAAUAUGUCUUACGAAGACUGGGUUGAUUGUGUUGAGCCUAAAGUUCUCGGGACUUGGAACUUACACAAUGCAACUGUAUCUCGUAAGCUUGACCUCGACUUCUUCGUGCUCUUCAGUUCCAUCUCUGGAAUCGUGGGUCAACGCGGCCAGGCCAAUUACGCCGGUGCCAAUACCUUCCUCGAUAGUUUCGUGCAAUACCGCCAGAGCCUCGGGCUGAAUGCUUCAGCCGUGAACAUUGGUGUCAUGCUUGACCAUGGCUACGUCGCUGACAACCCCAUUGUCCGCGAGCGUCUUUUGUCUCAGGGUAUCUACGGCAUCCGAAUCGCCGAGAUGCUUGAUGCAAUCACGGCCGUUAUCGUCGCACCUCGUCUGGCUCCCCGCGAGCGCCUGUCGAAUAAGCCGUUUGUUAGCAAGAGUGAGCUACUCGUCGGCAUGCGCAGCACCACACCGAUGACUGAUGCGUCCAAUCGUGUUCCUUGGAAGGGUGACCGUCGCGUGGGUGUUUAUCUUAAUAGUGCCUCUGGUGCUGCAGGGUCAAGCUCGUCCGCAGCGUCGAGCGAGCUCUCCUUGUUCCUGUCGCAAGUAAUUGGCAACCCUGGGGUUCUCUCAGAAGUUACCACUGUUGAUUUCGUGGCUAUACAGAUUGCCAAGCAGCUCAUGAUGCUUCUGAUGAAGCCUGUAGACGACGACACUGAAAUUGAUGUCAACAGCACUCUGCAAGAGAUUGGCUUUGACAGUCUCGUGGCAGUUGAGAUGAGGAGCUGGUGGAAAUCAUCGUUUGGUAGGGAUAUAAGCGUACUCGAGAUGCUUGGAGUGGGCAGCCUGAAAGCUUUGGGCCAGAAGGCGGUUGAUGGUUUGAAGGAGAGAUUCGGCGAGGCUGAGAAGGAGGACGAUUCAGGCGUGAAGAAGUACACGCACGAAGAGGUUUUGACCACCAAGAUGCCAUAG